CGGCCGAUCGAAGGUUCAACUCUCAAUUUCGAUCAAUCGUCAAUCAAUCUAAACAGCGAAUCCUUUCCAAAACCCCCACCGGAGAAGAUUCAUGUCCAACUUCUGGUGGCACCGUGGUUGGAGCCCGCUGGGCGGCCCCUGCGGCGAACAGCAGCCCACGUUCAAGGUCUUCUGCAAGGCCUACGAGGGGCGCUGCCUCGCUGUCCGCGACGGCGCCCUUGCCCUCCUCCCCGCCGACCCCGCCGACGAGCAGCAGCACUGGUUCAAGGACACGCGCUUCAGCCUGGGGGUCAAGGACAAGGAGGGCAAGCCCGUCUUCUCCCUCGUCAACAAGGCCACCGGCCUCGCCGUCCAGCACUCCCUCGGCCCGUACCGUCCGGUGAGGCUGGUGAAGUUCAACCCGGAGGACUUCGACGAGUCGGUGCUGUGGACGGAGAGCGGCCACUUGGGCAGGGACUUCGGCUGCAUCCGCAUGAUGCACGACGUCUGCUUCCGCUUGGACGCCUUCACCAUCGACGACGAGGGCGAGUACCACGACGGCACCACCCUCGUGCUCUCGGAUUUGGCCGGGGGCGACACCCGGAGCUGGAAGAUCCUCUACUGGAACGACGAGGCUAACACGACCCUCGCAGGGCUUGAGGCAGAGCCCACCUGCCGCAUCUACUGCAAGGCCGACGAGAGUUUCAGCGUCACCAUCUGCGAUGGGGCCGUCUGCCUCGCGCCCACCGACCCCAACGACGUGUACCAGCAUUGGAUUCAGGACAAGAGGCCCGGGAACAUGAUCAAGGACCAGGAUGGUUACCCGGUUUUCGCCCUCGUCAACAGGGUCACUGGCGACGCCAUCAGGGGCUCUGAGAGGGAUGGCCGCUCUACAAAGCUCGUGCCAUACAACCCGUUCUACUUUGACGUCUCGGUGCUGUGGACGACGAGCUGGGACAUGGGGCAAGGCUUUCGGUGCAUCCAGAUGGUGGACAACAUCUUCCUGAAGUUUGACACCUUCCAUGGUGAUGACACCAGCGUUGUGCUAUCGCAUUGGCGCGAGGGUGACAACCUGCAGUGGAAGAUUGUCCCCUGGUGUCUUGUGGUGGAGGAUCUUGAAUCACAGAGUUGGAGGAGCUCGUGUCCAAAGGAUCAGAGGUCGAGGAUGGAGAAAAGGAGCAGGAGGUUGCGGAGAAAACGGAUGGAGCAGAGUUGCCACUGGACAUGCUGAAGCUAAGGCUGGGAUAGCAGGGCGAUGAAGAUUGGAACGACUUGAAGUUUGUUGUGCGCUUUUGUUGCAAUCAGAACAGCAAGAGUAAUAAGGUCACUUGACCUUAUAUUCGGGCCUUUAUUUUUAUGCCACCAAAUUUCAGCUCCCAUUUUCUGAUAGGGGCUUUAAUUUCUUCCCGCCAAUUCAGCACGAGACACUCUUGGUGACAACAAUCAUAGCGAACCAUAUAUUGACAAAUGGUAAUGCUUCAACUCAUACGUGUGAAGUUUGCACCCCUGAUUUUAGAUGUGCUUUUUUGAUGUUCCA